ACCCACAGUCACUCUUUGAUCAUCAGAUUCUUGCAAUUUACUUUGCAUUCUGCUCAUCACUUCAAGUCCUUUUAGUAGCUUGCUAUUUUAUUGUUUAAUAUCCAACCUUCGUCAUUCUUUAAUAGUUAACAUCGAAAAUGAAGUCCGUCUCCAUUCUCUCCCUUGCGACAGCUGUUGCAGCCGACUAUGGCUAUGGCGUUCCAACGACCUCAUCCCAGCUCGGCUAUACCACCGUCUAUCCCGGCCACGGCAAAGAGCCAGUCACUGUUACAGCCCAGUAUCAGCCAGUCCCGACCUACGUCAACGGCGAGUGGUCGGAAUACGAGGCUAUCUCAACCGUCAUCACUGAUGGCUAUGGCAAGGAAGUCACUGUCACUGCAACCAACCAGGAUGUAACUGUGUACGAAACGAAGAAAACCAUCACCCACACUGUCACUGCUACGCCUGAAGGUUAUGCUCGCCCGACUGGCUAUUACGGAGGUUCGGUUGCACCCCACGCUAACAAGACAUGGUACGAACUCUACGAGGAGAUACACGAGAUUGCCUAUGACCACAUGGGACCACAUGCGAUCUCUGGAUAUCCUGGAAACCCAAAGUACACUGGCAACAAGGAUGAGCAGGGUGUGACAAUCAAGAAGCACUCUGGUGGAAAGUGGACCACUUAUGAGCACACCUUUACCUACGGUGAACCCAAGCCCGUGGUGACCACUUUCGAUGCUCCUGGCAUCUACACAGUGCCUGCCAAUGACAUCACUGUCGCGACCCCUACCUAUGUCGCUGCCGAGCAGACCUACCACGCUGUGGCUAACAAGCCCGUCACCUACGGUGGUCAAAUCACCGAAGUCACCAAGCCAACCACCAUCGCCGCCGUGUACAUCGGAUACGAGACUCAAGGCACCGUGACCAACACCGUCAUCCACAGCACAACUGUUACAUGCUCCACAGCCGGAACAUACACCAUCGUCAAGCCUACCACGACCGUCUACGACCACGACACCACGGUCACUUAUCCCUCCGUUACCCAGUACGAGGCUGGUGUCUAUCAUCACCCUGCCGAGACAGUUACCGUCACCGAGGCUCACCAAGCGUAUACCUGCAGCUUCGAGCAGACCUCCACUUAUCCUGUUGCCACCCCUGCUGCCGUCUACAGCACCGUUCCUAGCUACAGCACCGGCGACGCUACUACCAGCACAACACCCUAUGCCGCUGACCCCUCGUCGGAUUACGAUGAGCCCAUUGAGAGUUACGGACAUGCAUCUGCUGGUUAUGUUAAGCGUGGUGGUGUGCUCCAGCGUCGCAAGGCGGCGUCUGCCCCUGCUAAGGCGCCUGCCGUUCGAGAUGAGAUACGUCCGACGGAUUUCCUCGACGGCAUGCGAGGCUAUGCGGCCUUCAUCGUCUAUUGCUGCCAUUUCUUCAUGCCCACGCAUCCGCAGGCCACCCGGGGAUUCAACGGCUACAAUGACGAUCAAGACUACUGGUUAACCCAGUUGCCCAUCAUCCGGUUGAUCUACAGCGGGCACGUCAGCGUCUCCCUCUUCUUCGUCAUAUCCGGCUUCUCCAUCUCGCUCAAGCCACUAAAGCUCAUCCGCAACGGAUCCUACAGCGCCUUCCUCGACACCAUGGUAUCAGCAACAUUCCGGCGCCCAUGCAGACUCUACCUACCAUGCUUAGUCACACUCGCAAUUACUUUCCUGGUCGCAUGUUGCGGCGCCUUCGACUUCUCGUACGCCCUAACAAAGAACUGGCCGUUUCUCAGCAAACCUUUACGGAUACCGAUCGCGCACCACUCGCUUUCCAAGCAAUUCACCGACUGGGCGGGGCAGGUGUGGACCUGGUCCGACCCGCUUGCGCGCCGGACCCGACACCCGCCUUACGGCGUGCAACUCUGGACCAUACCGAUUGAACUCAGCUGUUCCUUUAUCAGCUUCCUCGCGCUCAUUGGCCUCGCAAAAGUGCGUCAGGCCGUGCGAAUGAGCAUUACCACUACAAUCGCGGUGUACUUUCUCUUUCAGAAUCAUCCAGAGGCCACGCUCUUCCUUGCCGGGACUACGCUGGCGGAAUUGUAUCUUAUACGGCAAGAAUCUGCUGCUGCUGCUGCUGCUGCUGCGCCGGGCCGGAGUACCGAGUCCCGGGAGCAAAAGAUACAGUCGAGUUUGUUGUUUGGUUUUGGAAUGUUUGUUGCGUCGUAUCCUACUGCAGAGGGUGAGAAGGCCCUUUUCUCGGCUCCGCUCCACUACGUCGCAAGCACGCUGUUUGGCCCGUCGAUACGUUGCCCCAAUCUAUUCGUCACCAUUGGUACCGUAAUACUCGUCUAUGUGGUGUCUCGGUCACCCUUUUUACAGACCAUGUUUACCACGCAACUUGCAAAGUAUCUGGGGAAAAUCUCGUUUGCGUUGUAUUGCGUGCACCAGGCUAUGAUCAAUAGCUUUGGGUACAGGAGUAUGUUGUUCUUGUGGUCGUUCACAGGAAAUGAUACUGUGUACCGGUAUGAACUGGGUCUUUUUCUUUCGUGGGUUGUUCAGACUACUUUGACGAUUUGGGCGGCAGAUGUUUUUUGGAGGUUCGUGGAUAUACCUAGUGUAGGGAUUAGUAGGCGGUUGGAGGAGUGGUGUCUGGUUAACAGCUAGGGCAGUGUCUUGGGCGCAUUUCAGGGCUUUUUCUUUCUUGUAGAUUUUAUAUAUUGUGCAUAACGGCCAAAUUUUCACGA